CGGCAACGUUGCACACAUUCUACAAUAACACAGUUUUUAAUGGGCUUCAUUUAACGUUAAGAAUUGUUUUUAUUAUAUUAAUUUACAUAUCAUAUAUUUUUCAAACGUCUAGUAACUAAAUAAGACUUUUUAACUUUUAUUAUAUUGCGUCACAAAAUUAUUGAACGGAAUUACUCUGAAGUGUAAGCCGCAAGCCCAUCAGUCAACACGCCAUUUUGCCGUUGGUCGAUCUGUAUCCUGUUAUAUUUUGCAAGUGUGUACGUAUCUGCUUCGUUUGUAGUGCAAAGAAGAUAUAAUCCUAAAAUUUACAAUUAGCAGAUAAUUAUAAAACAUAUUGCUUAAAAUAAGUGUUGUUGGCAAUUGCUAGAACAGACAAGUAAAUCAAAAAUAUCACUAUCUAAAUUCUAAGGAGUAUAAUUAAAUAUAGAAAACUAUCCAGUCUGCAAAGGGUAACUUGGUAGAAUAAUACCAUGUGCCCUAUACUGUAAUUUUAUCAUUAUGGCACAGCCACAGUACUUUGAAGUCUUAAAUAAUAGUAACAAGAAUCAAGAGCAACAUUUUUUCUCUAAUAUUGAAGAUUCUACUGUUCAAUACGUCAUUACUCCAGAUAAUACUCAAGUCCAGCUUCCAGCACAGCAGAUCCCUAACCAAAUUGUACAAACCCAGAUUGUACAGCAGUCCAUUAUUCAACAGCCCAUUCAGAUACAAACUCCCCAAUAUACCCUUAUCAAAGAUGGUACCAUAAGAACUACAGAAGGUCAGCAAAUAUUCUUUGUUGAAAAUGCUAUAACUGAUGGUAUUGUUAUUGAAAAACAGAUUCAACACACUCAACAACCCAUUGUGUUAAACCAUCAAAUAUCGCAACCUGCGAUUGCUAGGGCUCCUCUUAUGAAGCCUACUCUGAAUCAACAAGUGUCUUUAGAAGUAAUACAAAAACAGAAAACAAUGCAGCGCCCUCCUAACCCGAACCAAGCUCGUCUACUUUCUCCAUCGGUGGGUCAAAUUAGACAACUAGGUAAUGUGCCAAACAAAACAGCUUGUCCAACAAUUAUUCCCAAUAUUGGCCGAACUCAAAUAGCUGGCCAAACCACUCUUAGACAUGGAUUAGUCAGGGCAGGUCAACCAACAUUUAGAUCUCAAACGGCCUCAGUACGACAGACGGAACCUAACCAAGUGAGAUUGCCAAUAAGGGCACCAAAUCAGGCAGUCUCAAAUAGACCCAAUGUAGUCAGAAGUCCCAUUGCCAAUUCUAUAAACCAAAGGUUACAAGGACUGACGCAACAACAGCCUAUUCAACUAGUGCAGCAACCAUCUGCACAGCUUUCCAAGUUUAACAGUCAGGGAUCAAGUGCUAGUGAGAGUGAAACGAAAAAUGAGGAUCAGGAAGCUGUAUCUUUACCUGAUGGUACUGUAGUCUCUAUGACGUCAUAUAAAAAGAUGUUGGCAGAUCAAAAGGCGCGAAGCACUCCCUCAAAACAACAACUCAGUCAACAAAGCAACCAAAUCCAUCAAGCUCCGAAUCUUCAACAACAAAACAGCCCUCUACAGUCCAAUAGUUCUCUCCAGUCUACCAACCCUAUAUCACAGUCGUCUCUUUUAAUACCGCAAAACAAUAACUUAGUAGUAUCGCGUAGAGCCGUUAACACUCCUAAUAAGCCUCCAGCGACACCCAAGAAGAGGAACCCUUCUCCGCGUGUACCUCGUUCUCAACAGCCAAAGACUCCGAAAACUCCUCGAGCGAGAGGAGCUGCGGCUCAAGCCAAUCAGCAACAGCAGCAACAACAGUCGAAUAGCCCAGGUCAUUUUUCUAUGUUAAGUCAACAACAGAACGUGAAUAAGCCCCAACAACAACAGUUUUCAAAUCAGCUCCCUGUGCUUGCGUCGUUGUCGCAACAACAAUCUCAGAUACAGCAGCAAGUUCCUGUACAGCCUCAACAAAAGCAACAACAAACCCAGCUGCAUCCCUCGCAACACCAACAACAGAAUCAAAUGCAGCCAUCGCAACAGCAACAACAGGCUCAAAUGCAGCCUCAACAACUGCAACAAGCUGCGAGGCAGCCGCAGCAACAACAACAGCAACAGCAGCAGCAGCACCAACAAUCUUCUAGUCCUGCUCAGAUGCAACAGAAUCAGCAAGCUAGACCCAAACAGUCGAUGGCGAAUUUUGUAAUUCAACCUCCGAAAUUGAACCAGAAGCCGGCGAAUCAACGGCCUCUACCUUCUUUCGUACCGUCUAGUCACAUUCAGAGAAUAAUAGAAGAAACACCACUUAGCGAAGAAUUCGCAGAUUCGAUUAGAAUGCUUGUACUACUAGAAAACGGAGAACAAAGACUCAUAACGUUUACGUUACCCAAAGAAGCGUGCACCAUUCAAGAAAUUUUGGAACAAGUUAACGUCCCUUUCAACGUAGACACCAACAUAGAAGUUACAGAAACGAAUUCUGAAGGCAUUAAUUAUAUUGUGACUGUUGGAAUUCUGGCUAAAUCUCGAUUUGGGCUGGAUGCUGCAACUGACUCAUUGUCACAGGAGGCUACACCCGUACACAUACAAGAAAAUCAAUAUCAACUACAGGUUGAGCCAGUUGCCAAUUCUGCGCCCAACGUCCCUACUGCAAAAGCUGUAUCCUCAUCUACACAACAAACCACUCAACAAAACACACAACAAACCACACAACAAACCACACAACAAACCACACAGCAAACCACACAACAAAAACCACCAGAACAACCAAAGUCUCCAGUACCAGCGCCAGUGAAGGAAACCCCUAAGCUUAUCAAAGGCAUGCUGGCGGUAUGUGUGGGUUGCGGCUUCUUAUCCGAGGAUUUCAACAAAUGUCAGAGAUGUCUUAGGAAGCUACCAGAUACAGUGAAAGCCGUGCCUGACCCUAGGAGUACGAACUCCGGGCAAAAACGGGAUAUUGCAGCAGUCGCCGCAGCGCAACAACAAAAACACCAGGCGAUGCAGCUACAACAACAGCAGCAGCAACAACAGACACAACAACAGACACAACAGGGGCAACAACAACAGAAGAUUUCUUCGGCGGCCGCUGCACCAAAAAUUCCAUCUCCCCAAAAGAAGAAAGCGACCAGAUCUAAAACACUCGAAGACAGUGUCCACGUCAUUAGCUCCGAUGAGGAAGAAGAAGAAUCUCCCAAACUUAGUGAAAACCUUUUGCAGAAACUGGGCAAUUCUGUAACUAUCAGUCCGAAAUCUAAGGAACCUUCACUAGCAGACAUUCAAAGACAUUUAUCAAAAAAUGAUGGUCCGACCAAAUCGAUAGCUGAAAAAGAAAUCGUCCGGACAAAAGUAAAAUGCAGGACCGUUCGCAUUGGCUCCUACAGAUGUAUUCCUUUAGAAGAUAUCGUAAUAGAUUCGGAAGCGGUAACCAUAAAGGUUCCGCAUCCACACAAGGAAAAAGGCGUAAAAACAAUCACGUUCGGAAAAUGCGACACCGUCAAAGUAUUGGUCAGCUUCAACAGUUCCUUGCCCGUGAUCUUCUACUAUUUGAAUCCGUCUGCAGCCUCCCAGGUACGGACAGUGCUGGAUAUGAUGACGGACAGCGACUACUACUACGAUCCAUUAUCUCUGGAAGACGAGGUUCAUCGUCGACUGACCUUAUUGCCGGAUGAUCUUUCGGAAGAUAAUAGGAACGCGUUUCAAACGAUUUACAGCCACCCUCCUAGUAUUUUCGAGGAGUUGAACAUCAAAGAGGCCAAUGACAUUUUGAUUAAGACCUGUCCUAAGGAUGUGGCCCGGCCAACUCCCGGUUUUGGCGCUUUCGCCGAGAUAAAACAGUUGCUGACUUAUCCACCGGAGGGCCGUUACCGCUUAACCAUCAACACAGAGGAUUACAUGUGCUUGGCUCAAGACCAGUUUCUUAAUGAUGUGAUAAUAGAUUUCUACCUAACCUAUCUCGUGGACAACUUACCUUCAGAACAAAAAUCGAAGAUCCACGUCUUCUCAACCUUCUUCUAUAAACGACUGACCACCAAACCCACAAAAGCCUCUAGGAAAUCUCAGCCCAGUGAACUGGAUCCGACCUUAUCACCGGCACAAAAACGCCACGCCAGAGUCAAGAAAUGGAGCAAAAACGUCAAUAUAUUCGAGAAGGAUUUCAUAAUAGUUCCGAUUAACGAGAACGCCCAUUGGUUUCUAGCUAUAAUAUGCUUUCCGGGAAUGUCGGGCUGUCAUACCUGGGACGGAAAACCUUACAAACUCGAAGUUAAAUCUAAAAAGAAAAAAAACGUUACAACAACCGUUAGCAUUGCCAACGUAACCGUAGCAAUUAAACAAGAAAAACUCGCUAAAGCGAUAUCGUGCGAUGAUCCCGAGGCGAGUGAUAAAGACGAAGCAGAAGGAGACGAUAGUGAGAUGGAAUCAGAUGAUUCUGAAGAAUUGCCGCUUUCUCAGAACGGUCAAACGCCUAGUUCUACACCUACAAGUACGAAUUCGGCCGAUAGUAAUGCUAAAAGGGCAAGCACUCCACCUUCUACGAGUAGGAGCUCUAAAGAACCGAGAGUGCCCAUUAAACAGCCCUGCAUUCUUAUAUUCGAUUCUUUAUCCGGAGCUAGCAGAUGUCGGGUGGUUGCUACUUUAAGGGACUAUUUAACGUGCGAAUACAAAUCACGAAUGGGAAGCGAGAGAGUAUUUAAUAAAGACGUUAUCAAGGGAGCCUGUCCGAAAGUUCCACAACAAAAUAAUUUCACGGACUGUGGACUGUACCUGUUACAAUACGUUGAGCAAUUUUUUAAGGAUCCUAUUAAAGACUUCCGGAUACCUAUAAAAGAAAUCCAGAAUUGGUUCGAAGAAAUCAUCGUUACCAGGAAACGUGAAGAUAUAGCUAUUUUAAUAAAAACUUUAAUGCGAGAAUAUGGCAAGGAUUUAAGGCUAGUGCCAGACAAUAUAGCCUUUCCAACGCUGCACGGUAAAAUCGUCGAACAUGAAAUGGAUGAAGAUGAAGAGGACGAGGAAGAAAUGAUGGAAGAGGAGGAGGAAGAAGAAGAAUCCUUUGAAACGUCGAAAGAUGAUCUACCGUUGAAUUCCUCCAAAGAAUCCUUGUCAGACGUCUUCUCGGAAAGCGAAAUAAAGGGCGAAGAAACCGGAUCGCCCAUCAAACCCUCUAAUGAAGCCGUGCCUAGUGAUUUUGUGACUCAACGCGUAGUGAACCCUAAACCGGACGUAAGCGAAUUCCCGCGACAAACUAAUAGAGACACGCUCUCAAUUCUUAAAGCUAAACGUAUAGUAAGACAUAGAAAUAUUGACGGACCAAGUGUUAAAAAACCAAGAAAUGGGCAGGAUUAGUUAUUUUAUUAUCUUUAUUCAAAACAAGACUUGUUUUUAUUUUCUAUUGUUAAUAUUAAGUGUGAGCAGUUGUAAUUUUUUAUUUAAAAUAUAAAUAUCAAACGAUUUA